AGAGAGAGAGAGAGAGAGAGAGAAGGAAAGAGAUAUAUACAGAAAGAGACAGAGAGAGACAGAGAGAGAGAGACUAUUAUUUACUCUAUACCUCCAUAAUUAUUCUAAUGAUGUCAGACUGUACCUGGGGCAUAAUAUCUCUGACUUUAACCUCUCUGCUACUCUUCAUCUCUGUGUGUCUCAAUCUCAGCUGCUUUCUGAGACACAGGGACACCAGACACAAAGCAGGCAAUGAGCAGUUUCUCUACCAACAGCAUUAUCCAAGAGAGCGUGAAAUACAGGAGGAAGAGGAGGAAGAGGAGAAUCAGCAGCAGGAGAAUCCCAUCUACGGAAACAUCACUACAGACCUGUGCUAUGAACCCAUGACCAAGCAACGUUCCAGAGACGACAGAAAGCCUGCGCCCCAGCCCUACCAACCCGACCUGAACUAUGCUUCUCUGGACCUGAACGUGGGACAGAUACCCAAGAAGAGGAAGCGUCGCUACCAGCAGGCCCAGGUUCAGGCCCAGACCGUGCCCGAGACCCAGAUGGGUGGGGGUUUCCUGGAAAUAGAUGCAGAGAUGGAGGCCUCCCUCCCCUCACGGAGUAGCAGCCCUCUGGCUUCCAGAAACAGCAUCUACCUCAACAGUCUACAGAUGGCACUAGAGACAGAGGAGAGGGAAUAAAAGAGAGCCAAGGAGAUGGGGAGGGAGAUGGAGGAGGAUAGAGAGUGGGAUGGAGACAGGAAGUGGGAGAGGGGGAGAAAGACACAGUAGGUUAUGAUGGAGGGAUGGAGACAGGAAGUGGGGAGAGGGGGAGAAAGAUACAGUAGGUUAUGAUGUAGGGAUGGAGAUAGAGCUGGAGACGUAGGGUAUGACACAUGAGCUGUUCCUAGGGUCUGCUGACCUGUAACAUGUGACUGGGGUUAGAGGUCAGGGAGGAAGAACAACGGUUCUAAAUGUGAACUCAAGCACUCAAUUAGGCAGAGAGAGCGAGAAAGAGAGGGAGAGAGACAAAGAGAAUGAGAGAGAGAGAGGACUGAUGUUCUUUUAAAUAUAUGUUUUAUUUAACCUUUAUUUAACUAGGCAAGUACAGAGACAUCAUACUGACCUACUUUAACCUCUAGUCAAUAUGUUAGAAUCAGACUUUAUAGAGAAAGGGGCUCCCACUGCAUAAACUGCAUACAUGUAUAUAUUAUUAUUAUUAUAUAUUUGUAUUAUUACUAGUAUUCGUAUAUACAGUAUACAGUGCAGUCGGAAAGUAUUCAGACCCCUUGACUUU